GUAUGAUUAUACGUCGGCGUUUCCGCGCACUCUUCUUUGCUGAUGGUGAUCCCAGAAGCCAAUAAGUUAAAUAGGAAGUUGCUUGAUUAGCGAGAUGGCGGGAUCCAAAACAAGCCGGUGGUGAUGAGGACUACAUAUUUAAUUCGUCUUCAUGGCCACAUUCGGGUGUCAGAAUAACCAUUUAUAUUUGACCUAUGGCCCUCCCGUAUUGUCGAUGGCCGUUUAACUUUGCUCCGUGGAUUAUUUGAUAUGACGUAACAAAUGCUGUGUUGGUUUUCUUGACGGGAUGGCAAUGAUCUGAUCCUACAUGUAUAAUCGUGUUUCGGAUAAGUGACUAAAAAUCUUGCAGGUCAGUCCGGUGUUUGCUUCGCAGAACAACGCGAACCAAUGGAAAAUCCUAAAUCCUCCCGACCGGGACAGUCAUCGCUCUCCAGCAGCUUCCGGGCUGCUAAUUGGCCCAGGUCCCAAUUAGAUAGGUGGAUUACGACUUUUCCCGAGGAGAUUGCACUGAAAAUUCAUAAGGCAAAGACAGAGGGCGAGAAUGUCAAGAUAAAGCUUCCAAAGUGGACUGCGCAAGUCAUACUACAGCAAACCAGCCAUGCUGACCGCAAAAAAACAUUAGCGGCUCUGCUCCGUUUAGUGGAUGCUUUGCGGUCCAAUUACGAUGUGGAUGAAGCGGAUAGUCUUGUAAAAGGACUUGAAGCGGAUGAUCUCAAGCCGGUAUGGUUAUCCUUAUCUGGACUGGCAGUGCCGCCCCAGCUCGGAGCCGCCUCGGAUUCCGACGUUGAGGAGGACGUUCAUGCCGGCACACCCACCCCUCCCCCCGCGCCGGCCUGGACGCGCAUCGGCGUCACGUGCUACAUCCGACGGGACCAGUUGACCCAUCCGACACCGUAUAAACUGUACAUCGACGAUGAUAAUCUGACCCUGGUGUGGAUAGAAGCCGGCUGGUGGACAUCCAAUGGCAGCGGCAACAGCCUUACCACGGUGCAGUCGCUGAAACGCCGGCCACAACCACUGCUACGUCCAGGGGAGCCGCCCGUGAGCGGCGGUGUCAGUGCCGGUAAUGGAUCACUGGACAUAACGCUGAUCAAGGAGCUGUUCGUGCAGCGAAGUGGCGCCGGCGGCGGUGGUGGUUGUCUGUUGGAGGGGUUUCAAGUGGAUGAUCUAGUGGUGUUAGUGGUGAUCUACGGCGGCUGUUUGUUAGCCGACAAUAAGGCUCUGACACUGGUCCUCAGCCGGCAGUGUGCCGAUGUCUUUCUUAAUCAACUCCAGGAUGCUGUGCGUAUGGCGCGGAUGGAUCGCAAGAGUACGUGGUUACGCAAGACAUACUUUCAGCUGCAGCAGGCUAAUGAGUUUAGCCGGGAAAAUGGACCGAAUAUUGCCGCAACGAUUCGGGCACUUGGCGGGAAAGAUUUGUCUGCGGGUGCCAGUGUGAACAGGACAGCCACAGCUGUCGCUAAUGCUGCCUUAUCAUGCACGCGACUGGGCUCAGUCGCAGUCGAGGUGCAUGGAUCGUCAGCGUCGAUUUCGCCCAUUCCUCUACGACGCGUCAGUACACCGACCCGAGCAUUACGGGAGAAAGAUGCCUCGAGUGGAUCACUGACACUCUCUCCCGCGCUGCAGCCGACGACGAUGGGCAAUCGGAACAAGAAUCGCCGGCAAAGUGAGCCCAAUCUGCAGCAUAUGCACACGCUGCUGCGGUGCAGCGCACUCAAGCCGCCUUGCGCACCGGAAAUGGAUCUUCUUCUGCGUCGCGUGAGCACCAGUCAGGGCUUUGCCGACAUGGCGGAAACGCUGCACGGAUUGGACUUUUUUGAAUUUGGCGAAUUAUGCGAAACAUUCUUCACACAAUCCCGUAAAGAUCUGCGCGAGAUCUUCUGCCGAUUAAUGAACACCGACCCACCCAGCGCGUGCUGGCCGCUUCCGCUCAAGCAACGCAACGCACCCGCGGACACACAACAGAUCUUUGAUGCCGUCUGCGCCGCCAGUGUCCUGUACAAUUCCGCCGGUGUGGAACCACCGCGCCGGCGCACCGCCUUAGACGUCAAUAAACUGUGCGAAUUUUUCCGUGAACACCAAGACAUCCCGCUCAGCAAUCAGGAAGUGGAGGAUCUCAUCGACAAAUACGAAAGUGAUCAACACCUGCGUGAUGCCCGCCAAAUGUCAUUUGCCACGUUCGCCAAGAUGAUCCGCGACGACGGCAUGUUCAUGAUUGAUGAGGAACUGCCGUGCAGCGAUAAGGACAUGCACUGGCCCUUUAAUGAGUACAUCAUUGCCUCCUCGCACAAUACGUAUCUGACAGGACAUCAGCUCAAAGGGGACUCUUCCGCCUAUAAUUACUCACAGGCGCUGCUGAAGGGGUUCCGCUGUGUGGAGUUGGAUUGCUGGGAUGGAGAGGGAGGACUGCCGGUGGUUUACCAUGGCCGCACGCUGACGACCAAAGUUCCACUUAAGAAAAUCGUGGAAGAAAUCAACCGGACAGCUUUCGUAACGUCCGAUUAUCCUGUAAUCCUAUCGAUUGAGAAUCACUGCUCCCUGGUACAGCAGCGUAAAGUGGCUGAGAUUUUCGAAGAAAUCUUCGCGGAUAAGUUAUUCCGAAAUUAUCUACCCGACAAGACCUACUUCCCCACUUCGGACUGCCCGUUUCCAUCUCCGGCACAGCUUAAACAUAAAAUCCUCAUCAAAUGCAAAAAAUUGGUUCAAGAUGAACUGAAUUGCCGGGAGUUUCCUGUGAGCCGGCAGUCAUCCAUGAGUGACGAAUCAGGCCUUUCCGGCGAAGUGGGCUACACGGCGCUGGAUGAUGACCUAGAAAACUGGGGAGUCAGCGGAGAUGAGCUGGACGAAUACCCCGGCGGUGAUUGCGCAUUGGGCGCCGAGCUGGAGGCCGGCCAGGCGCCGUCGCCCGUCAUGACCCGGCACAUGUGUGUCCGCCGGCUGAGUGAAUGCACCGGCGACUACAGCGGCGCGGAGAUGGAGAGCUUUGAUUCGGGUGUCUGCGACAUAUCCAGUCCGGUGUCGGCGGAGUACGCGCGGGGCCGCUUUCCGCUGGCGGUCAGCGGGAAACUCUCCAGCAGUACGGUGGGCAGCUACCAUCGGAAAAGCCGGAAACAGGUGGAUAAAUUUACGUUGGCCGUGGAACUGUCCAAUCUGGUCACGUACUUCCAAGCGGUGAAGUUCCAGCCCAAACUGGAAUACCAUUUACCCGGGAAAUUCCAUGUGGUGUCCAUGAAUGAGCUGGCCGCCCGGAAACUGGCCAAGAAGGCCCCGGAGGCGUUCAAAUCAUUGGUAGCAUCAUCCAUAAUCCGCGUUUACCCGGCAGCCACGCGUAUCGAUUCCAGUAAUUUCAAUCCAAUCUCAGCCUGGAUCCUCGGCGUGCAGAUGUCGGCGCUUAACUGUCAGACUUCCGAUGUUGGCAUGCAGAUCAAUAACGCACUCUUUGCCACAACCGGUGGCUGUGGUUACGUUCGCCGGCCGGGCUUUAUCCUCGGUAAACAGGAGAUGGCCGAGCGGAAGCCGGUGGAAUGCCAGAUUACGGUUGUUUCCGGUCAGUACGUAUUAGGUGACCUGAUGAGCGGAAGUCCUGCCGUGGAACUGGAAGUGUACGAUGGAUGCGCCGAGCCACGACGGCAUAAAAUCAAAUGUGUUUUGAAGAAUUCCGUUAAUCCUAUUUUUAUGCACAGCCUAAGCGUUGAGAUCGUUAAUCCGGAAUUGGCGUUUUUGCGUUUCCUCGUCAGCGAUGCCAGCACAAAUCAGCUGGUCUGCCAACGUACUUUGCAUUUUUCCCUAUUCAAAACAGGGUAUCGCCAUGUGGCACUCCACGAUUUGACUGACGAUAUUUUGCCUUUAUCGAAGCUGUUCCUACACAGUAGCUACCGCUGCAAGGAACCGGCAACGGCCUGUUCCCGUCGCGAAUCCAUCGAGCCGAUCCAGGAGGUGGACGUGGAGGAGGACAGUUCACACGCCGCCUAUUCGGUGUACAGUCGUACAAUGAAGGAGAAAUCCUCGGUCGUGCAGCGCCUGUCCAUGCGCUUUCAGCGUUUUGCCGGCUUUGUUGAACUGCACCGCUCAUCCAAGACGGAAACCACGAAGCGCACUUAUGUCGCACAGUUCCAUAAGAAUACGUGAAACUCUGUGCGUGGAAAAGGAAAGGGGUGAUUAUGGAUGUGCCAUGAAAAACGAAUGUUGCCUGACAAGGAACUGUAUCAUUGUAAAGACGUAAAAUAUCCUGCUGUAGCAGUGCACCCGGUAUUACAUUAAUAAUAGUGGAUCUCACGUGGAAAACCGGCUUCCCCUAAAAUUCUUUGGAUAUAUCUGCAAUACUGCCCCCGCUUUCUGUGUUGGCUUGCACUAUUUUUUUGCAUUUUAUUUGCGCAUGGUUGCAGUUGACGACUUUUUUUUGACAAGACGUUUUGGUUUUUAGUUGUUCCGCUUUCAGAAACUGUAGGGACAGUACAGUAUUUCCGGCUGGUAGCGCUUGACCGGCUUUUUCGCUUUCUAGUCGAUUGCGAUAUGAUCACGGAUUAAUUAGGCUUAUUUUCGCGCUGAUAGCUAGUUUUGUAGCAGCAUGCUGAAUUAUCUGGGCAUUAUUGUUUAAUACGCGUAGUAUGCAUUAUCGGAAAUUGUUCUUACUCCUAAACAAAACCCAAUUGUAAAACGACUAUUUUAUUGAUCAGACCGGAAAAUGCGGAAAUCAAUAAAAAGAUGG